AUGAUCUGCUCGCGUACCGUAUUUCGAUGCUUCAAGACUCUGGAGCGACUUGGAGAUCGUGUUACUGGCGCGGCUGGUCCUUUCUUUGUGGUACUGGCUAUAAUAUUAAUGAGCAUUGGUACCGUAGCUUUCUUCGACGUAAUAUCGCCUAGUCUCCCUCUUCCUCUCCUCACGAUACCUCUGUGUGCCCUUGUGGCGAUCAACAUGUGGACCCACUACUGGUGGGUAUGUACGGUACCUCCUGGCUUCGUCGAUGGCGAUGUAUCCCCAAUACGAGGACUCUGGGCGGCCAAAAAGAAACGCGUAGGGGUAAACGCAAGGACAACAAAGGCGACACUGACAAAAUGCAGCAAGUGUUCCAUGAUGAGACCAGAACGUUCCCAUCAUUGCCGUAUAUGUAACAGAUGCAUACUGAAAUAUGAUCACCAUUGUCCUGUGCGGAUCAAUCAAUGUGUAGGCCUCCAUAACGAGCGGCAUUUCGUCAUGUUUAUGGCUUACCUUGUUAUUGCCACUCUCGCUUUUGUUUUGUCGGGAUAUCCACAGCUUCUAGUUGCACUUGGUUUGAUGGGCGUGCGCGUUUCCUGGCCAUACAGAGUGUCGUUGACAUUGUAUCUCCUCAUCUAUAUCCUCGCCGCCGUCCUCUGCCUCGCUGUGGGCGUGAUGUGCGCGUGGCAUUUAGCCGCCAUAUGUGCUGCCGAGACGUCUGUGGAGUGGCAAGAUCAUGGGGUGUACAAACGCGUCGCACGGGAUAGGGGAGAGGAGUUUGUCAAUAGUUAUGAUUUAGGUCGACAGAAAAACCUACAACUCUUCUUUAAUCUCGAAGAAUAUCCCUUGUAUACGCUCGUUGUUCCUCUGAGGCUCCAACCGUAUACCGACGGUCGUUCGUGGGCACGAAAGGAUGGGUACGAAGAACAUGGUGGGAUCAGGAGAGGUGAGGAGCUGACGGACGAUGAUGAUGAGUAA